AUCUGUAGAAAAACAAAAAUUAUCCGGUUACAAUAGCGAAUACAAUAAUUAUCUUUAUGUAUAAAAAUCGUUUGUCGAGCAAACAUCCCAACGCAUUCGAGUAAUUCUCACGAUCUAGUAACGAGUUUUCAUAUUCUUCACAACGUAACUUGUACCAGAGCACCAAAGCUUAUACGUGUUCUCUCUCCCUCUCUCUCUCUCUCUCUCUCUCUCUCUCUCUCUCUCUCGCUCUCCCUAGCAAUAAGUUGAAUUUUGCUCGUCGCGAAAUUCUUGCCUCGUAUAUGCAAUUCCGUCAAUUGUGUUUUUUUUUCCCCAAUAAAUAUUCGCUUGCAAUCAUCUACAUUUGUUAGAUGAAAUAUACCGUGCUCCCCAAAACAGAAGAUGAAGCAAAGCAACAGCGAAAAGUGGCACCCCGUGCGAAAGAAACAAGCAAGAAGUACGUUUUAGUAAUAACUCUAUUGGGAGCAUUAUUCCUGGGUUACAUAGCCAUAGCAAAUGAUUUGAAGCCAGUGAGGAUGGGAACAUCGGCACUGGACAGUUUGGUAUAUUCGUUCAAUCUGCACAAACCGUUCUAUGUUGUGAUCGUUGAUGCAGGAUCGACAGGGAGUCGAUUAUUGGCAUUCACUUUUCACUCUGGUUUGAUAGACGGCAAUUUGAUACUAGACCACGAAUUUUAUACCCAGACAAAGCCUGGGCUGAGCGCUUUUGCGGAUGAACCCAAAAAAGCUACUGAAAGCUUAGCUGGAUUGUUGGAAAAGGCAAAAGCGGUAAUUCCAAAAUCUGAAUGGCAAAAUACACCCUUAACAAUGAGAGCAACCGCAGGCUUAAGAUUAUUGCAGAAGGAUAAGGCGGAUGGAAUUUUAGAAGAGUGCAAGAAACUUUUUGACGAGUCAGGAUUUUUAAUCACUAAGAAUUCUGUCUCCAUAAUGGAAGGAGCCGACGAAGGAAUUUUUGCCUGGUUUACUCUGAAUUUCUUGUUCAAUCGGUUUUCAUCUCACUCUGCGGAAAAUACUUUUGCCGCCUUGGACCUUGGCGGCGGCUCUACUCAAGUUACUUUUGCUCCAAAAGAAUUGGAUUUUCCACUUCUUGAAAAACAUAUGUAUGCCAUUAAUGCUUUUGGUCAGAACAUGAGCAUUUACACUCACAGCUAUCUGGGUAUGGGCCUCAUGGCAGCUCGCAAAGAAAUUCUCACUUAUGGCAUGGACAGUGAGAAAUUGAAGAAUGAAAAUACAAUUGAAAUCCAUUCAGAAUGCAUCAACCCUAUUAUUUCUAAGGAGUGGAAUUACGCCGGACAAAAUUAUCUUGUUAAGGGCUCCCUGAAGCCUUCGCAUAUCAUCGUCAAGACUCAAAAUUAUGCUGGAGCUGAUGAAGACAGACCAAUCGUUCGUUUCGCCGAAUGUGAAAAAAUCAUAGGCGAUUAUGUAUCUAAAAUUGAUGAUAAACCGAUUGGUCUUCAGGAACACGAAGUUUGCGCGUUUUCAUACUAUUUCGACAGAGCAACUGAGGCAGGAUUAAUCGACCCGAAUAAAGGAGGAGUGACGACAGUCGGUGCAUUUCAAGAGGCGGCAAAAACGACCUGUGCAUAUCCCAACACGGAGCAGCCUUUCAUGUGCCUGGACUUGACAUUCAUAUCAGUUUUACUUCAAAAAGGUUUCGGUUUAGAACCGAGCACGAAAUUAUUCCUCUACAAAAAGCUGAAUGGCCACGAACUCAGUUGGGCUCUUGGCGCAGCGUUCGGUCUGUUGUCAAAAGAUUAUUGAUCAACGAUUCUUCAAUACCUAGGAAAAAAUUUAGUUUCAAAUUUUGCCAUCUGAACUGCUCAGAGGAACUUGAAAAGUUGGUUGAUGAAGACACGAUUAGAGAAUUCAAAGAAUACAAGAAAACAUAUGAAUUUUAAUCAUGAUUUUAAGAACGAAUUUCAAUCGUGAAUUUACACAAACUCAUUUUUUUCACGAUAUUCUUUCGAGAUAUUUUGCAGUUUUAUUACAACUUUUUACCAAUCAGUUUCUUGACGUAACACAUAAGAUUUCAGAAAAUAAAAUAGUCGUUACCGCGUCAAUAAUUUACAAGCUGUUUUAUUAUGCAACGAAACGUCAAGUCGAGAAUUACAAUUGUCAACAAAGUAUCACAAUAACAGAUACCGUACAAAGUCACGCUACUCCUGUGGCGAAAGGCCAUUUCCAGAAUUUUACGAAUUUUGUAUCAUCCACAAAGUGACAUCAACAUUCAUGUAGUAUAAAACAAUUAUUUAUAGUCAAUAAUAUUUUUUAUGUAAAUAGCAGCUUAUUGUAAAUUUUACAUUUUUUAAGUGAUUUUAUUAACGAUUUUUUUGUAAUAGGCCGAAAAUUUAAAAACGAAUAAAUUAACGUCGCGGAUUUUAACGGUUUUAAAUAUGAUUAGUACUCAACGAAAAAUAUUUUUUGACUAGUGAAUUUCAGUGCCUUUUGAGAAAACGAGUGCUUUUUAUUUAUAAUAAAAAACGCAGAAAAUAA